AUGGUUUUGGUUCAGUUUAGAGACAUAUCGAUUAUAAAUAAUGUUGGUCUAGGGCUUGGAGGAGGAGUUGGGGGAUUGAUAGCAGGAGCGGCAACAGCGGUAGUGGCUGCAAUGGGUGGUCACCAUGUGGGUCAUCGCGCAGGCUACGAGCACCACAACCAUGGAAAAUACAUAAGAGGAUUACUUGGAGGAGGAAAGUACAAGCGAGGAAAGCAAAGUAUCGGAGGAGGGAAUUACAAGUGUGGCAAGCACGGCAUGUUCGGAGGCAAAAGAGGCAAGCAUGACAUGUUCGGGGGGAAACGAGGCAAGGGCAUGUUCGGACAAAGGAAGUGGAAAUGA